GCCAUCUAUUAAAACUUAGCAGGACUUACUUUGACAAUUCGUCAUCAUUCAUUCAGUUUGAGCCUACGUUAGACGUUGCUGCUUUAUUUAUCGUCGCAAGAAAAUUACAAAAAUGGCGACGGAAGUGGAGGAAACUAUCAAGCGAAUCCAGGCUCACAAAGGUGUUAUGGGUGUCAUCGUCGUUAACCACGAAGGCAUUCCAAUCAAAAGCUCCUUGGAUAACGCAACUUCGGUACUGUAUUCAGGUCUUAUUGGUCAGCUUACCGAGAAGGCGAGGAAUGUCGUCCGUGAAAUGGAUUCAACCAAUGAGCUGACAUUCCUUAGAGUGAGAAGCAGAAGACAUGAGAUUCUGAUUGCUCCAGAUCGCGAGUUCAUUCUCAUAGUCAUACAGAACACUUCAGACUAGAUUUCUUGAAUGAUGUAGUAUGUAAGGAUAAUUUUGUGGCAUAUUUUCUCUUUAAAACCAACAUAUUGAACAGUAUGGUAAGAAAGAUUGGAUUUUAUACCUUUUUGAUUCUAAAAUGUUCUAAUAUAAUAUCAAUCUUACUUGAAAAGUAUUUAGCAUCUUCAGGAUAGGAUAAUAGAUUAUUUCUACCAUACUAAAAGCUUGAUUAUUAGCUAGAUACCAUAAAGGAACUUUAAAUAUGUUCUUUCACUAGUAGUACACAUUUACAGUAGUUCAGAACAAUAUAGCACCAUAAGUUUAAAAAGUGCAAUAAUGAUUUUUAAAAACAUUAACACACAAAAUGCUACAAUAAUUUUAAGUCUUUUUGAUUUUGUGAUUUAUUAGGUUUGCACACUGUUAAAUAUUAUUUCGUACAGUGCAUUUGUUUAGGCUUAAUUUUAUAAACUAUUUAUUUAAGUAUAAUCACACUAAUAAAAUGUAUUUCUACACAGAA